AAAAAUAUCUCAAACGAAAAACGACUUCUUUUGGCUCUUCUUCUUUCAGCUUGGCGAUUUACCAAUGAAACGGGAUGGCGGAAUUACUUGAGGAAUUCGACCAACCUUCGCCUUUACCUGUGAGCUUUUGUCAGCAGAUACCAAGCGAAGAGUUUGAUAAAAGAUCUGCUCAAAACACAAGAGAUGCCUUGCAUGAUUUGAUCAAUCACAUCGAAGCGAAACCAGAGGAGUUUUACAAGAUUGUCCGAAGAAAAAAGGCCGACAACCUCAAACUUUUCCAGUAUCUUAAAGUGAAAGUGUUAAAUAAGUUACAAGAUGAUUAUUUAGAAAAAUACUUUCCUGAAAAUCAAUGUAGAGAAGAGCUGGAAAACCUGAUGCAUGACAUGGAAUCAGCAUUCAAUUACGCACAAGGUUUGUCAACGUUUUGCAAAACAGAUGAUCCUUAUUUGACGUAGCAGUUGAUCGGUGAAAUAUGAAAAUGUCACAUAGAAAAGACCCUACUUGAGUAAAAAAAGUGACUUACUUGAAAACGUUAAAAUGGUAUAAAGUAUAAAUCAACUGGUUCAAGAAUAUUUUGACCCAGAAAAAAAAUUUGAACUUCAACACAUACAUGUAAAAUAGAAGGUAGAUUAUUUCAGGCAGGCCAACUUCGUCGCAGGCCGCUGGACUUUUCAAAUUGCUUGAUUGUUAGUCCAUACACUGGGCCGACCCCUUGGCCACGCAGGGUAUUGUCUUUUGUAGACUGCAGUUAUAGGGCUUUUUAUAAGUCUGUGUUGUUUGUAAUUUGGUAGUCAAGAACCAGUGUUUCAAGCGGCAUUCAGGACAGUGGAAUUGCUGUUUUCCCUUCUCACUACUCUUUCUCCCAUCCCCACUAUCAGAAUGCCUGGAACAGGCUAGUAUUAAAUUUGCUUGUAAUCUUAUCAAAGGAAUAUUAUAUUUAUUUUCCCUAACAUAAUUAAUGAUUUUAGCAUUUUCCUUUUCAAUUAAGAUGGUAAGCAGACUGGGAUCAGAUUUUCCAGAAGACUGGCAGAAAAGCGUAAAGUAGAGCGACUUUACACAAGCACACCAAAGAAACCAACUGCACCCCCACCGCCCCCUCCCCCACCACCUAUCAUGGUAAGUUAACGACUCAUUUGACGAAAGAAACUUUUAGAAAGGCUAAGGGGACAUACCAUGGAGUCUGUAUUAUCCAGGGCCUGGUUCCUGAAAGGCAGAUUAGUGCGAAAUCCAUGAUUUGUUUUUGAGAUCCAUUGCUUAGAGUAACAUUUUGUGUCAUCAUUACUGUAUUUCGGAGUAAAGGCUCAACAGUAGUUGCAUGUUCUCAGACAAGAAAAUCUUGCUUGAAAAUUUGGCUUAAGCCUGAGUUAAACUUGACCGUCUUUUGAGGAACCAGGCCAGGUGUCCAUAUUGAGCAGGCUGUCAAAAAAAAUUCACAGUGAGAGAAGUUUUUUAUUGGCAUAAAGAUAUAAAGGUGCAAUGACUGAAAGCAAAGUGCUAAAGGAAGUGAAACUUGUGUAUUAUAACCAAUAGAAAACUUUAUCAAAUGGCCAUCGCAAGAUAGACAGAAUUAUCAAAAUUGAACAUGUCAUGUGCACUAUAAUUGAUAAAAUCGGUUGCAAUGGCAGCGUGCAAAGAAAGUACAUGUAGUGUCCGAUAGCCCAGGGCUGGUGGAUAUAGUGCCAGUGAAAUAUCGUGCUAGUGCCCGACAGGCAAGUGAAGUUUUUUGAGGAAUUCAAAUUACAGAAGAACUGUGAAAUCAAUUCAGCUCAUCAAAAAGUUUUUGGGGCUAGUUGAAAUGACGUUUGGGCUAGUAUAUGCUAGUCUCAGCUUGCCUGAAUGACAAGCUGUAAAAAUAACUUUCUUUGCACCCUGCAACUGGCACAAAAUGAAAAUAGAAAAUGUGCAGAGAUACCCAGUGUCCAUAAAGCAGGGCUAAUACGUUAUAUGAGAGUUUGUGACUUGGGACACAAAAUUAAAGUAAUGUUUCCAUUAUCCAGGGUAAUUUUACAGAAAAGAUUAUUAUGAGCUUAUCGCUGGGACAGACAAAACUGUCCGUUAUAUACAGAUGUCUGUAAGCAAGGUUUCACUGAUGUCAUUGAUGUGCAAGUUAAAAAAAAGAAUCCUCAAGUUAAUUUAGCAAAAAUAUAUUUAGUCUGCAGAUUCCAAGGGCUUGAUUUCUCCAGUACAUCCACCUGCUGAUACAAGGUGAAGUUUUAAUAAAAAUUGAUUGAUAGAUAAAUUAUUUAUUGCACACUGCGUGUAACAUUUUUGUCUUCUUGAUAUCCCUCAUAAAACAAUUUUUUUGCCAGUCUGGGGGACUAUUUUAUCCACUUCUAGUUAUGUCACUGGAUGUGAUGUUAGAGACAAAAAAUAAAUGAUGUUUUAAAAAUAGGUUGGCUUAGUACCAAUGAAGGAAACAAGAGAUUUUCUUUUCUUGUUUCCAAGGAUUUACCAUCUUAUCCCAAGAUCAAUGAAGUUGUCCAUACACAAAAAUUGGCUGCGAAACGUUUGUUAUUAUAGUUAGUCCACCAGAGAAUGGCAGCUUUCAAGACAGUGCUGCACAUUAUAAUUAAAGUGACACCAUCUGAAGCUGAUUUAUUUUUUUAAAUCAAUUUUUCUUUCAAAUUGUCUCUAUUUUUUCACAGCUUGUGCCCAAUCUUAUACGUGUCGUACGUACACGGAGUCCUACAUAGGGUACCACUAAACUAUAAAAUUAAAAUGAUAUACACGUAUUAUUUUAAUAACACCCUUGCACCAGGUGAUCAUUGGUGGGGGAUCUGAUGUAGAGGAUGUGCUAACCAAUAUUUAACUCCUUGAAUGACUUGAAACAGAUUAACAUACCAGCAAAUUCCAAGGACUCCUUCAGGAACAUUCCGCCGAGAAGAGGAACUGCUCCAAUCAAUUAGAAGCAUUCCAGCAAGAAGAAAGCUGCAUGACAAAAAUUCAUACACAGAAGCAGUUCAAUCAAAGCCUGGUGUAAAUCAAAAGAGGUAAGCAUGUUGUCAGUGGCUUAUGAAUAUAGUAUCCAAAUGAAUGUUCUUAAAAUACUGGUAUUUCUUUGUCUGAAUUCAUGCAGGAUCAACAGCAGCUGUAGCAGUGUUCACUUAAAGAAUUCCACCAGGUGUCCCUCCAUAGAUGACCUUGCAGCUGCCAGAAACAGUCUGAGACUCACUGGAUCUUCUUCUGGGUAAGGUGCUAAUUCCUGCCACCCUUUAAUAAAAAUUGUACCCACACAGACAGUACACAGUGUUCUCAGGGCUCUAAACAAUGGUGGGUCAAUGGACAACCUCCGUCCAAGAUGACCUUUUAGAUGGCUGACCAUGUUGUGGCUUAAUCAAGAUCUCGAUGCGACUUUUAUGUCUGUGGGAAAAAUCCUACAGAUGAUAUUCCCUUCAAAAUAAUGAAACUUGUUUGGAAGAUGGAUUUUAUGAAUUAUACAAAAAAAUUUGAUUUUAUUGUUUCUUAUUCAGCUGUUUAAAGUUCAAAUUAGUGACCAGACCAAUACCUUUCAACACUAAAGAUUAAAGCUAGGGCUGAUUCCCAUUUUCCUUUUUCUCAUUCAAUUUAAGUCAUAUAUUUAACGUUUCCUAGAAAUGUAAUCUUUCAGUUUUUUUUCUUCAUCCAUGCAGUUCUCCUGAUGACUCUCCCUAUCAGCGGUACAAAUCACGGAAGGAAAAUGAAAAGCCAAAGGAAGACAACUUUUCUAUGUUCAACAUGGAGCUGCUACAAAAAUUUCGAAACACUUAUAGUCCUUCAGAUGGCCGUGUAAGCCCAUCUGGCCAAAUUUUAACUAAUGAUUCAGGUUUUGAGAGUCCAUAA